AUGACCCAAUCAUUAGCAAACAGUCUUCAGCUGAAGUUAAUUCUUUGUCCAGUCAACAUAAGCGGUGUUAGUGCUAUAGGAACUAAGAUUGAUUCUCAUACUAUAACGACUUUACAAUCUAGAUUUGGAGGGUAUGAGAAGAAGGUUGAGUUUUGGAUUGCUCGUUCCAUAACACACUUCCAACCCCAAAGGCAAUUAAUGAUAGAAACUUGGAAUAUACCCAAAAAUAUUGAAUUAGCCGACCCAUGGUUCUACAAACCUCAAAGGGUUGAUAUGCUGCUAGGAGCUGAAUUAUUUUUUGAUCUCAUGGAAUCAGGACAAGUUGCGUUAGGCCCAAAUUUACCGGUUCUGCAAAAUACAGCUGUACGUUGGAUAGUGUCGGGCAGCUGUUAUGGACAAGGGAAACGGAGCUGCUUCUUGGUGCAGCUUGUCAAAAUGGUGGAAAGGUUUUGGACAUUGGAAGAAGUACCUUUCAAAUCUGUUCUCACUCCGGAACAAGAACGUUGUGAAGCUCAUUUUAUAGACAAUUUCAAAGUUUUAGAAACGGGACGAAUUCGUGUGAAAUUACCAUUUAAGGACAGUCCAUACCAAUUAGGUGAUUCUUUGGAUAUAGCCAAGAAAAGGUUUUACUCUUUAGAAAAAAGAUUGGACAAAACUCCUGAGAUAAAAGCGCAGUAUUCGCAGUUCAUGCAAGAAUAUUUAAAACUUGGACACAUGUCCCGUGUGAGGCACAUCGCAUUGAGUACACCCCAUUGUUUUAUGCCGCAUCAAUGUGUUAUUCGCCCUGAAAGUUCGUCCACCAAAUUAAGAGUAGUCUUCGAUGCAUCGUGCAAAACCAAGUGCAAUUUGUCCCUCAACAAUUUGCUUAUGGUAGGAUCCACUCAACAGGAUGAAUUGUUUUCAAUCAUUUUACGUUUUCGAAGUCAUGAGUUUGCACUAACAGCUGACAUACAAAAAAUGUAUCGUCAAAUUGAAGUUGAUCCUGAUGAUCGUCGUUAUCAACUUAUUCUUUGGAGAUUUAACUCCAAUGAAAGACUUCAAACCUAA